CAUGCGGGAARGCGGGGAGGAGCAGCCGCCGCUGCUGAGCCGGGCGGAGGCGCUGGGCCUGGGCCGGGAUCAGGACCGGAGCGGGACCGGGGAUGGGGGAACGGAGCAGGGGGCGGGCUGGCGUCAUGCCUGCCAUGUGCUGCUGCACGCCCCGCUGCCCGCCGGGGCCCCGCCGCCGGGACACGCCGUGCUGAUGCAGCUGCGGUUUGAUGGGCGGUUCGGGUUCCCGGGAGGGCUGGUSGAUCCCGGGGAGUCGCUGGAGGMGGCGCUGGAGCGGGAGCUGCGGGAGGAGCUGGGCCCGGCGGCGGCCACGCUUCAGCUCCGGCCGCGGCACCACCGAGGGGCGCGCGUCUGGCCGGGGGGCGGGGCCGGAAGUGACGGCGGGCUCGUGACGCACCUGUACGUGAAGCCGCUGCGAUUGGACGAGCUGGAGGCGCUCGAAAGGGGCGGGGCCAGAGCGCCCGAGCACGGGCUGGAGGUGCAGGGGCUGGUGCGGGUCCCCCUCGGGGUGGGGCUCCCGGCGUUCCUGCAGAACCGAUUCGCUGGUGACGCGCGGGAGCAGCUCCUGGGGACCCUCCAGACCCUCGGUGUCCAGUUCCCCCCAGCCCAGGACCCUGCGAGGGUCCCCCCAGAGUCAGGGGAGCCCCUCACCCCAAAACCGGUGGCAGGCGAGGAGGAGAAUGACCCAGUGGAGUAAAAUCACCCUGAAAUCUGCCCUCGGAUCACCUGAGGGUGUUGUGGUUCAAGGGAAGACUUUGUGAC